UAUGCACGCAUGCGUGUUUCUUCUUAAUGACGAGAGCGCCAUUUGCACUGACGAAGAGAAGAAUUUUUGACCCAGAUACAGGAAAAUGAAAAACUGAAAAUUAAGGAGUAAAAUUUCAGAGGUCAUUAUCUGACUGCGUCAAAAUGUCGAGAUAAUUAAUCGUUCUUGCAGGAUUGAGGGUUUUCGACCACGGAUGGGUCACUCUGCCAAGUGAAAUUUGUGACUGAAAUUUUGCUUUGAUGCAGACAAGCCAUGCAGAGAGGCCCAGCUCCUAACCAACAACCACCAUCCACAGGUGUUCCCAAUGCAGGAUCACAGCAGCAGUUGCCAACACCAGGCAUACAGCAGGCGCAGCAACAACAUGUGGGCAGGGGAGCAGGAGUGGUCCAGCACCAAGCAGUUCGACCAGGAACAGCCCAGUCCACACCGUUUCCAAACUUGUUGCAAGCAAUGUCUGGUUUGUCUGCUGUCAACUCUGCCCAGCAGCCAGGGAUAGCUCAGACAGGUCAACUGGUAUACCAGCGUCCACCUGCCUACACAACCCCUGUCCCUGCAGCUCAACAUCUAGGUCAAAGCCCUGCUGGGGUGGGGACAAACCCUACCCUAGUCAAUCCUCAGCCAAUACAAACUAUAUCAACCCAGUCUCAACAAAGGACUAGUGUUGGUACGAAUGGAAACUCCGCCUUCCUAUUGCCAGGUAUAACAUCGUUGGAAGAUGCCAAUUUGACAGUGGCGGAACAGAGAUCCAGCAUGGAUAGCCCAGUGCCUAGGAAGAAGAUCAAACUAGAGGAGCAGCCUCCUGCUACAGAGGAGAUUGGUCUGUUAAGGAAACAGAUAUGUGACACAAUGUUAACAGACAUGAAGAAAAUCAAGGAUAUUUACACUGAGAAUCUAACAGAGCUGUUUUUUCUGCAAAGUGGAGGGAAUUAUGUAGACUUUCAUGCUUGGCUUAAGAAGCCAUCACCACAGCUGACAUAUUUCCUGAAUUCUGACAAACUGGACAGUGAUGAUGAGGAAAAUAAAGAGACCAAGUUACCCUCUGCUCCUGGUGGCCUUUCCUUGUCCAACUUGGUACCUUUUCCUGCCCAACCAGUUAAACCAGAACCUCUACAGCCACCUGCUGCUCAGCUAGGUAGUACAGUGCCCUCUAUAGUACAGCAAGCUCCUGCCCUUGCAAAAGCCAUGACAGAAAAUAUUGGUAUAUCUAACAUAAAAACUGGAACUAGUGGAGCUGGCACUCCAUCUGUUCAAACCCCAAAACCUCCAAAGACUCCAUUAUCACCGACCAGGCUAGCAACACGGCAGCAUUCUAUAUCUGCAGUGUAUGAUAGCACCAUAGGAUCUCAAGAAGCGAUAGUGGAAAGAGCUAAACAGGAAGCCCAGGUAAUGCAGAGGAUAGCUGACCUCAGAAAGGAGGGCCUGUGGUCCUCUAAGAGGCUGCCCAAGGUUCAGGAAAUGCCAAGGAACAAGGCUCACUGGGACUACCUCUUGGAAGAAAUGCAGUGGCUUGCUGCAGACUUUGCUCAGGAAAGGAAAUGGAAGAAAGCUGCAUGUAGAAAGAUAGCAAGCAUGGUGUCUCGGUAUCACAAAGAACAAGAACUUAAAGCUCAGAAGGCGGAGAAAGAGGAAUCUCUAAGACUGGUCAGAAUAGCCAACUCCCUUGCUAAACAAGUAAAGGAAUUCUGGGCUAAUAUAGAAAAGGUUGUGCAAUACAAACAGACAAGCCGAUUAGAAGAAAAAAGGAAGAAGGCUCUAGAUCUUCACCUCAAUUUCAUAGUAGAUCAAACAGAGAAAUACUCGUCCUGGUUGAGCCAGGGUCUGACAACUAAGAGCACUACCUCUUCAGUACAAGGUUCUAUUGUGUCUAGUCCUGAACACUCACAGGAUGAUGAUGACUUCCAGCCAGAUAAGGAUGAGAGUGAUGAUGAAGAGACAAUAGAGCAGGCAGAGGCAGAAGGCAUGGAUGAUGAGAGCACCCAGCAGGAGAUAGAAGCCUUACAGAAGGAGAGUGAGCUGCCCAUAGAAGACCUGAUUAAGACCCUUCACCCAGAGUACCUGGAGACACCUGCAGGGAGCAGCACAAUGGGCAGUGAUGUGGAGGCAGAUGAUGAAGGGGCAGAUGAGGAGUUCAAAUCUGCCGAGGAGGAUGAGGUUGAUGAUGAGGAUACCAUUGAGGAGCAAGAGAAGGCUGAAAAGAAGGAUUAUAAAGGGGAGCUGCAGGAUUUGAAGGAUGAAGGUGAGAUGAGCAUUGAGGAACUGGCCAAGAAAUAUGCAGGUGCCUAUGACAGUGAUUUUGAGAUGCCUGAGUCCAGUGAUGAAGGAGAGACCUCAACAGAAGAAGAAAGUGAAUCUACAGAAGAAGAGGAAGCCUCUGAUGCAUCAGAAGAAUUAGAAGAUGUGGGCAUGGAAUAUCUCAUUCACCCAGAGAACAAACCAGAGGAUAUACAGGCUGGUGGUGAUUCCACUGAAACUAAAGGUCCUGGCAAAGAAAUCACAGAUAUAGCUGCUGCAGCACAGAGUCUACAGCCCACAGGGUAUACACUGGAGACAACACAGGUGAAAGUCCCUGUUCCAUUCCUGCUGAAGCACAGCCUGCGUGAGUAUCAGUACGUGGGUCUGGACUGGCUGGCUACGAUGUAUGAGAAGAAACUUAACGGAAUCCUGGCAGAUGAGAUGGGACUUGGGAAGACCAUUCAAACUAUAGCAUUAUUGGCUCACCUGGCCUGUGAAAAAGGUGUGUGGGGUCCUCACUUGAUUGUGGUACCUACAAGUGUAAUGUUGAAUUGGGAGAUGGAGCUCAAGAAGUGGUGCCCUGCAUUUAAAAUCCUUACAUACUAUGGGAAUCAAAAAGAGAGAAAACAGAAAAGACAGGGUUGGACCAAAACCAAUGCUUUCCACGUGUGCAUUACUUCUUAUAAACUUGUGAUACAAGACCACCAGGCAUUCAGGCGGAAGAAGUGGAAAUAUUUCAUUCUUGAUGAGGCACAAAAUAUAAAAAAUUUCAAGUCUCAGAGAUGGCAAACCCUCCUGAACUUCUCUAGCCAGCGGAGGUUGCUCCUGACAGGUACUCCCCUCCAGAACAACCUGAUGGAACUGUGGUCCCUUAUGCACUUCCUGAUGCCCCACGUGUUUCAGUCUCACAGGGAGUUCAAGGAGUGGUUUGCCAACCCACUGUCAGGGAUGAUUGAGGGCAGUCAGGAGUACAAUGAGAAUCUCAUCAGGCGUUUACACAAGGUGCUUCGUCCAUUUUUACUGAGGAGGUUAAAGGCAGAUGUGGAGAAACAAAUGCCAAAGAAGUAUGAACAUGUUGUGAUGUGUCGCCUGUCCAAGCGCCAGAGGUUUCUGUAUGACGAUUUCAUGGCCCAGGCAAAGACAAAAGAGAUGCUGGCGUCUGGGCAUUUCAUGAGUGUCAUCAACAUUCUCAUGCAACUCAGGAAAGUGUGCAACCAUCCCAAUUUGUUUGAUCCACGUCCUAUCAUGUCGCCAUUCCAAACUGAGGGCAUCACGUACCAGACAGCUUCUGCUGUGCUAAGGGCUCUGGACUAUGAUCCAUUCAAGCAUGUAAACCUGCAGGCUCUCAGUCCAAGCCUUGCUACCCUGGAGCUGUCCCUGCCUGCCUAUGCAGCCCACAGAGUGAAGAAACUACAGACUCCCAAACCUCUCAUAGUGGAAAUUGACAGUCAACCAGAGCCAGUGCCCAGACCAAAGCCUUUCAAACUAAAAGACUUUGUACUCAGGAGUGCAUCGCCUAGUGUUCAGAGUGGUCGCCUGUCUCCAUUUGCGCCCAUCCAGCAGAGAUCAGCCUCCCCACUUCCCGGGAAGUCUCCUUUAACAAGGUCUCCAGCCUCCACGCCCACUCCUCUGCAAGUGAGAAUCCAAGGCUCCCCCUCCCCCUCUCUGAUUGUUCCAACCUCAAUCAAUACAACCCAGCCAGAGCAGUUGCCAGGGUAUACGGGGCCUGCUAGAGCUUCCACACCUGGGCAAGGUCUAUUACUGGCCUCCAGCACCCAGUCUCUGUCUACUGGUCAGCUAGGCAGCCAGUCCCAGCCUAUCACUGUACAGAUACACCACACCCAGCAAGGUACCAGGCUAUUGAUCCCAUCUAGCCAGCUAACACAGCUACCUGCUGGUUUCCUACAGAUAGUACAGAGUUCCACUGGUCAGCACAUACUGACCACUGCGGCCACCUCUCAGGGCACCCCAGUCCAGGCCGUGGCUCCGGUCCAGACCACCACCACCACCACUGCUGCCUCGGCCAGCCCUGUGCCCAGCACCACUGUGGUCAGGGCAGCUUCUCCUGCUGCCUCAGUGGUCACAGUGAGGUCAGCCUCCCCAGCCACGUCAGCAGCAGGGGUGAGGGCGGGGUCUCCUGCAGUGUCCAUCACUGGGACAGCUGUGAGAGCUGCCUCACCUGCAACAUCAGCCUCAGCGGCAACAGUUACUUUAAUGAAUGGCCUUCCUCCAGUGAGUACACCAACCACUCCUGUCUCUACCCCUAAGUCUACACUGCCUGUCAGCAGUUCAGUAGUAGUUACACCUAAACCUGUGGUACGGGUGUCUCCCAUGUCUGUGGAAAGCGCAGCAGUUAGUGCCUCAUCAAGCCAGCCUGCAGCAUCCACCCCUAGUAAAUCUGUGAUUGGUACUAGAAGCCAGAGAAAAAGCUUAGAGAAAGCCAAAGAAGCUCCAGAAAAAUCACCAUUUUAUUUGGAGUCCUUAGCACAAAAAAGAGCAGAGCAUCGUCAAGAAAAGCUGGAAAGGAUAGCUAAAAUCAAUGCCAGGCACUGUGACUGGAAACCAGUUUAUGGCCAAGAUUUAUGUGCUGCUGUGGAUGUUCUCAGUGGAUUAAAAAGCACUACAGUGCUGGACAAUACAAUGCGUGGCUUGGGCUAUGUAAACUGUUAUCAUGCUCAGCAUAGGAGUAAGCUAUACAACCCUGAGAUGUACUACAGGUGGACACAACCUUUAAUGGAUAUUGUACACACACCUGAGAAAUAUGUGGAAGAAAUGAAAGACAUUUUAGAAAGAUAUUGCUUUUUGAUACCCCCAGUCAAAGCCCCAGAGAUCACUAUGCAUGCCUCUCAUCCCCCUCCCUCACUGCUAACAGAGAGAAGAACCAGGUACUUCACCCUGCAGACUGCACUCUCGCCUAAAGCCAUGUGCCUGCACAAGAUGGCAACCAAUAUGAUGGUGUGGUUCCCUGAACCCAGACUCAUACAGUAUGACUGUGGCAAGUUACAGACCCUAGCUGUGCUGCUGAGAAGGCUGAAGAGUGAGGGCCACAAGGUGUUAAUAUUCACCCAGAUGACCAAAAUGCUGGACGUACUGGAGGUCUUCCUCAGCUAUCACGGCCACAGGUACCUCAGACUUGACGGUACAACCAGGGUAGAAAUGAGGCAGGCUCUCAUGGAGAGAUUUAACAUGGACAAGAGGAUAUUUGCCUUCAUUUUGUCUACGCGCUCUGGUGGACUGGGAAUGAACCUUACUGGGGCAGAUACUGUGAUUUUCUACGACAGCGACUGGAAUCCAACCAUGGAUGCUCAAGCUCAGGACAGGUGCCAUAGGAUAGGACAGACCAGGGAUGUUCACAUAUACAGGUUAAUAAGUGAAAAGACAGUAGAAGAAAAUAUUUUAAAGAAAGCUAGUCAGAAGAGGCUACUGGGGGAUGUGGCAAUAGAAGGAGGGAAUUUCACAACUGCUUUCUUCAGACAGAAUACUAUCCAAGAGCUGUUUGAGGAGCCAAGUGGCUUGGACUCUCUGGUGAAAGAGAAGGCUGAGAAAGCUGCUGCACAACAGGCAGUGAAGACAACACAGCCAGCUCCAGAACUGUCUGAAUCCCAGCUUGAACAGGCUCUAUGUGAUGCUGAGGAUGAGACUGAUGUCCAGGCUGCUAAAAUAGUCCAUGCAGAACAGAAGGCUGAGCUGGCAGAGUUUGAUGAAACCAUUCCAUGGGACGAGACGGAAGCUGCGCGCAGGGAGGAGGAGUCCAAGGUGGAGAAGGAACUCAGCAUGCUGGAAAAUGAGCUGAUGUCAGUUGAGCGUUAUGCAGUCAAGUUUGUAGAAUCCCAAAUAGAACCCUUUAAUGUGGAGGAACUGAAACAAGCAGAGGAUGCAAUUGACUCGGCAAAGAAAGACUGGGAGCUGAACAGGCUGAAAGCAUUAAAGGAGGAAGAAGAGAGGCGCCUGGAGAUAGAGGAAGAUGAGAUGUUGUUUACAUACUCUCGAGAUGAUGCUUGUAAUCAGGUGAAAAGAAAGAAAAAGACUGCAAAGGUAGCAAGUAAAGAUAGGGAAGAUGUGUCCAAAGUGAAGGAUGGAGAGUUGAACGGCUCCAAACCGCUGAGAUUGCCAACCCGCCACAGUUCUCGGGCAGCUAGCAGAGCUAGCACUCCUAAUCAGUCUGAAGCUGCUGGUGGUGGUGGUAGUAAGAAUAGAGCUAGUAAAGACUGUAAAGGCAGUAGUUCUAAGUCAGAGGAGUCUGAGAGUAUAGGUAGUCCCCGCACUAGAUCCAGACCAGGGUCUGUAGACAAUGAGGCAAACAAGACACCUCUUAGAAUAGUGAUACCAAAGCAAAGCCCUAGGUCCAAUUCUGCUGUAACUAGUCCUAAGCAAGGUACAAAGUCCAAACUCCUCAGUCCGAGAUCCUCCUCUUCUAAUUCGACCCCCAAGGUCAGUCCGAGGUCAACCCCCAAAAGUAGCCCCAAGUCCAACAUGUCUUCCCCCAAAGAGAUUGUAGUGCCUGUAUCCUGGUCCAACCCAAACUUAGUGAUACGUACCAGGCGUGCUUCUGCACAGACUAGGUUCAGGCAGGACUCUGAGAGCAGUGAGGUGGAUGUGGUGUCCGUAUGUACUGAUACCACCCCAUCUCUACUGAGACCAACUCCUCCUGUUAUAGGUGCAAGGAAAGUAGUUAAGUUAAGCCAUAGUGCCCCCCAGUUACAGCUGUCCAACAGUUUGGCCGAGGUCCAAGAAGUAUUGAAUCAUGUAGCAGAAGUCAAAGAGAGCCCUCCCAGUAUAAAACGCCCUUUACUCACUCACCCUGUGUGUCCAGAGUUGAACAAUAUACCUGAUAAUACUGAGGUAGUUCAUACAAACAAUGGGGGACCUCUCCAUAUAUCCACUGCUAGUGAAACUGAGCUUGGGAACCAAGACAGCAGUGCCCUUUCUCCACAGAAAAUGUUAACAGAAAGACACUGGACAGAUGCUCUUAACUUCAGUUGACUUCAAACUUACUCAAGUUCUGUGGAAUUCUUUAUUUUAUCAUGUUGAAAAUUAAAUGCUGUUGUAAGACUGAAGAACUACACAUUCAAGAGAAAAUUAUGGUGGUAAUUCAAGUAUGUUGAUUAAUUUACUUCAGUUCAAUUGAAAGAAAAGGGCAAUAGCUGUUGUGAUAUGUUACAAGGUUCAACAUUUAAGUAAAUAAUUGGUCAUAAAUAAUUUAAGGUAGGCAAAGGCCUUGAGGAACUUCAAUUAAUGAAUAUAUAAUAGAAUUGCUGUUGGACAAGAUGAUACUUGGUUAUGUUGAGCCUUGUGUUAAAUGAAGCUGUUGUUUUCUAUAUGAAGGCUAGAAAGCCAAAUCUUGUUGAAAUCGAAGUUCACUUCAGAGGCUGUUGUAAUUUCCUGAUCAUCUGGUUAGAAUAUUGCAUGCAAAAGUGAAGAAAAAUAAAAUUGUUUUGUUAUCA